AUGACGGCGCUCUCCAACCUGAUGACGGUUACUACGAGUCAUCCUGAGGUUUGUACGGGAUCUCAGAAGGGCCUGAACAUGGGCCAAAGGUCCGGGUCCAAAGGCGACUUGACGGGCUAUUACGCACGGAGCGAGUUCGUGCAAGGAGGCGGUAAUGGAUACGAUCCCUACAUGGACGGAUACAACACCUACAACACCUUUUCAAAGUCCUCUGGAGGCGGAAUGUCAGGCGGCAUGGGAGGCGGAAUGAAAGGCGGCACGGGAGGCGGAAUGAAAGGCGGACAGACAUUCGUAAUGAUGAGCAGUGGAGGAAGCGGAAUGGCGAGCGGUACUAUGGGAGGCGGCAUGUCAGGCAGCAUGGGAGGCGGAAUGAGUGGCUCCAGCUCCAUCCACCAGAGGUCCAUGAUCCUGCAGGCCCAGUGCCAGGAGUACCUGAAGAAAGCUGAAUAUGCCCUUCAGUCUGGCGGUGCCCCAGGUGAUGUAGAGCGCUACAUGAUGAUGGCUAAAGAGACCAUUGAGCAGCUGAAGGGCUGCGCGAUGGACCUGAGACAACUGGGACAGCCCAAUGACAACGUAGUCAGGACUUUGGAGAUGUGUACAGAUCAGAUGAAGGUGGUCCACAUGGCCAUGACGGGCAGCAUGCACAGGAGGAGGAGCACCAGAGGGAGCUCCGGAGGCUGGGAGGAGCCUGGAAGGAGCUUCCAAGACGCUAUGGGCUGGAUUUCCCAGCGCAAGCGUCUGAUUGAAACGGCUUCCUGGGGAGAGGAUGCUGCAGCCAUCGAGCAGCAGCUCAUCAGCCACCACAACUUUCACAGCACCACUCUGAAGUCUGCCGAGGUGGACUGGGCCAGAGACGAACUGCUUAAGAAAGGAGACAAGGGGAAUCUUCAUGCUUUGGAUCAGGAAUGGGAAAGUCUGCAGCAAAUGUCGAUUGGCCGGACUGAACAGCUGCAAGAGCUGAAGAAUAUCAUUCAGGAAAUUUCCAGAGAGAUCAUGUGGGUGAACGAACGGGAGGAAGAGGAGCUGAUGUUUGACUGGGGAGAAAAGAACAUCGACCAGUACAUCCCACGGAAGCAGGAGAGCUACUCGAAACUGAUGAGUGCCCUGGAGGACAAAGAGAAGGACCUGAAUAAACUGAAAACUAAAGUGGAUAACCUCCUGAAGAACAACCAUCCGGCUUCAGACAAGAUCGAGGCGUAUAGUGACACUCUGCAGACUCAGUGGAGUUGGCUCCUUCAAAUCACCAAGUGCAUUGAUACUCAUCUGAAGGAGAAUGCUGCUUAUAGCCAGUUCUUCAAAGAGGCCAAUGAGACAUACGCCGUUCUGCAGAGAGAACACGAGACGGUCCGUAAGAAGUUCACCUGUGACAAGAACACUUCACUGGAGAACCUAAUAGAGCUCCUCAGGGGACUGGAGAAGGAGAAAGAGACGAUUAUGGAAAACAAGAGGCAGGUUCACCAUCUGGUCAACAAGUCCAAGAGCAUUGUGAGGCUGAAACCCAGAAACGUGGAAGAGAAGAGCAGCAACACCGUCAUCGUCAAAGCCCUGUGUGACUUCAAACAAGACCAGAAGGUGAUCUGUAAGGGAGAUGAGGCCAUUCUAAAGGACAACACUCAACGCAGUAAGUGGGACGUAACAGGCCCGGGAGGACUGGACAUGUUGGUGCCCUCUGUGUGCCUGAUCAUACCACCUCCCAACCCACUGGGCAUCAGUCUGGCCAACAAGAACGAGCAGUACUACGAGGCGAUCCUGUCAAUCUGGAAUCAGCUGUACAUCAACGUUAAGAGUCUCAUCGCCUGGCAGUACUGCCUCCUGGAUAUCAAACACAUCAACUCUCUCACCAUGACCAUGUUGUCCCGCAUGCGUCCUGACGAAUACCGCAAGCUUAUCAAGAGCAUGGAGACGCGCUACGAGGAGUUCAAACUGAACAGCUACGGCUCCGAGAUCUUUUCUGACAAUGACAAGAAGAGCAUCGAGAACAAGUUCACCGGAGCCCAAACCCACUAUGAGGAGUUGGUGGUGCAACUGCCUACUUACAUUGUGCAACAAGAAGGACAGCAAGCAGCGGAGAACCAACGCAGUCAGCUGCUCCUAAUACAGCAGCAACAGCAACAGGCUGCAGCUGAAGAGGAGGCCAGGAGGCGCGAAGCGGAGGCCUGGAGGCUUCAAGAGGAGGCCAGGAUGCUUCAAGAGGAGGCCAGGAGGCGCGAAGAGGAGGCCAGGAGGCGCAAAGAGGAGUCCAGGAGGCUCGAAGAAGAAAGACGAAGAGCGAAGGAGAAGAAAGUGAAUGUAACAGAUGGGAUGGUGGUGAAUAGAGAUGCAAGGAUUACAAAGGAAGUAGUAAAACUGGUCAAGACGGAGACAGCGAAGAAACCGAAGUUGCAUUCCUCUUCAUCCUCCCGGAGCUUAUCUGAGCUGCGCACGCUCAGACUCCGACUGGAGGGUGCUGAGGGCACACUGAGUCAGCAUGUUCACAUCUGCAUCGGAGAGGACGGGAUCCACGACUGUGGCCUGAAGAUCACUCAGUUAGAGACGGUGCAGCGUGAUGUCGACUCGAUGCACAAGGAGUACUUACUUCUGAGGGAGCGGAUCUUGAAGGAGCUGGAGGGCAUGAAUGAUUCAGAUAAAGCCCAGUUCCUCCGCAGUGAGAUUGAAGUCAUCAACCAACGACUGGGCAGUCUGGAGAGCAGCUCGUCAGCUUACCUGCAGCGGCUGCAGGCUCUAAGGGAUAUGCUGGAGAGUGUGGCUCAAGCUGAAGACAUAGUGAAAGUUCACGAGGCGAGGCUGACGGAGAAAGAGACCACCUCACUGUCGCCCAGUGAAGUGGAGGAUUACAUGUCGACCCUGAAGAAUAUUAAAGUAGAGCUGGAUCAGAAGAAGGGCGUUCUGGCCUCCAUGGAGGCGGAGUUAGCCAAGGCCAGCCACUGGAACGGCCAGGUGGGCGGGCCCUUCUACAGAUGUGACAUGAUGCUGUCCAAAUACAGCGAGCAGGUCAACCUGCUGUCAGACCGCUGGACACGACUCCAAGGGCAGAUUGACACCAGAAUCCAGGAUUUGCAGGUGUAUCAUCCUCAGCUGCAGCACUACAAGCAAACCAGCACUUCCCUUACUAACUGGAUUGAUGCCACACAGAAGAAACAAGACGGCCUGCAGGCCACCACGAUAGAGAGCAUCCCAGCACUGACAGACCAUAUUAACAACCAGAAGGCCCUGAAUUCAGAAAUCAAAGGGAAGAGGGAAACAUUAGAGAGUGUGCUGAGGGACAACGACACCUGUGUGAAUUCUAUCAAGGACUAUGAAACGGACCUGACUUCUUACGCCUCUGGUUUAGAGACUUUGCUUAACAUCCCUAUCAAAAGGACAAUGCUGAAAUCGCCAUCGAUGGAUCUUAAUCUGGAAGCUACACAACUGCAAACCCGUUACAUGGAGUUGCUCGCCCAUUCUGGUGACUACUACAAAUUCUUGGGAGAGCUGCUCAAAAACAUGGAGGAGCUCAAGAUUCGUAACACAAGGAUUGACAUAUUAGAGGAAGAACUUCGCCUGCUGAGGGAGAAUAUGCAACACGGCAACGCCAAGAACAAAUCUCUGGAAGAAGUUGUUUCCCGUUAUGAGUUGGAGUUGUCCAACUCUAACAAUCAGCUGCUGUCAUUGGAGGAGGUGAAGCAAAACACUGCGCUGCAGUGCAAUGCCACCAAGGACAGUCUGGACAACACUCAGAGCAAGUUGGCAGACCUCAACGAUGAGGUGACUCGUCUCAAUUAUUUGCUCGACGAAGAAAGGAGAAAGAAGAGGCUGGCAGAGGAGCGCUACACUACGCAGCAGGAGGAGUACGAGUUGGUGCUGAGGAAGAGGCAGAAGGAGCUGGAGACGGUCAGCUGGUCCAAGGUGGAGGUGGAUAAGAGUGUGACAAUCAAGGAGCGUGAGAUUGAUCAGCUGCGGCAGCAACUGGCUGAUGAGGCAGCGAGGAACAAGGAGCUACAGAAAGAGAUGUCAAAGGUAAGGAGCAAAUGUAGUACGGACAUCAAUAACUUAAAGCUCAGCUACGAAUCCCAGAUCCAUGUUAGCCACACAGACAUCCAGAGGCUGUCAGCCAAGAGGGAGGAGGAUACAGCAGAUCUCCAGCUGCAGUAUGACACGAUGGAAGCAGAGAGGAGGAAUCUGGAGGAGGAGCUCAGGAAGCUCAGGAUGUCUAUGAGCCAGUCUGAGGAACAAAGAAAGAGGGCAGAAGAAGAAGCUUACACUCAGCGUGCUGUCAUCACUGAGGAAGGGCGCAGGAGGAGAGAUCUGGAAGGUCAGGUGGAGGUGCUGUUGAGGCAGAGAGACGAGGAAAGCAGCCAGUACACAGAGGAGCUGGCUAAAGUCAUGAAUAGUCUGCAGGAGAAGAGUGAGGAGCUGGCCUACAUUACACACAGUCUGGAGGAGGAGACCCGUAGGAGGAGAACUAUAGAGGAAGGGCAGGGUGUGCUUGAACAGACUUUGGCCCAGUUGCAGGUGAAGCUAACCAGUUCAUUAAUGGCUGCGACCGAGCUGCGGGAGUGCGAGGCGGAGCUUCAGAAGAUGCGUUCGGAGUUGGAAAAGGAGAGCAGGGAGCGAAGCAGAGUAGAACAGAACAUGAGCAGGUUACAGGCACGCAUGAAGGACCUUCAGGAUGUGAGAGACGGGAUGGAGAGCCAAGUGGAAAAUAUGAGGAAGGGUAACCAAGAGGAAGUGUCCAGAAGAAGGCAGGUAGAAAUGGAGCUGGAAAACACCACCAUGGCUAUCACAGAGUACGCCAGCACCAUUACCACUCUACGCCAGGGCCAAGAACAUUUCAGCACAUCAGAAAAGAGAGGGGAAGAAGAGCGUCUUAGGUUGCAUGAAGAGCUAGAGAGAAGCUUGAGACAAAAUAAGACCUCUGCGGAGCGCAUGACACAGCUGAGUGCUCAGCUGAAUACACUACAGCAACAAUUCCUCCAGGAGCAGGCCAGAGCCAAAGAAGCAAACCUCAGGAAUGAGGGCCUUUACAAAACUAUAGAGGAGAAGAGUAAGGUACUUAAUGAGAACUCUGUUGAGCUUCAAAGGCUGAAGGAGAUGACAGAAACCCAGACCAAAGAGAGGCUUAAGCUGAUGGAGGAACUAAGGGCAACACGACAUGAUAAAGAUGAACUCUUGAGAUACAAACAGGGAAGUGAUGAUGAGCUCUCCUCCCAGAUUACUGCCCUGAAGCUGCAGCUGCAGGCCAGUGAGCGCAGCAAUGUAGAUUACCACAAUCUGGUCUCAGAUCUUUCCUCUGAGAGGGAGAAACUCAAGAUGGAGACUGAGAACAUACAAAAGCAGGCCAUCGAGACAACAGCCAUGGUGCAAACCAUUCAGUCCCAGUACAGUGAGAUAGAGAUAGAGAGAGAUGCUCUUUUGCGGAAACUGCAAUUGUCAGAAAAGGAUAAAGAUCGCUUCCAAAGGCUAGAGGAGGAACUCAGUCUCAUUAAGACUCACCAAGACUCUGAGCUUCGAAAUAAGCAACGUCUACAAGAUGAGAACGAGAGGGUGAAGAGGGAUUUAAAUUACUGGAAGGCCCAGUAUGAAAGUAAGCAGGACCAGAUCAAGCAAUACGACACAGAAAAGGAACGUAUGGAGAGUGAAAAGAACACAUUAAAAAGUGAGAUAGAGAGACUUAUGAGGGAACUCGGGGAGCUUGAUAAGACAUAUAAAAGUAGGCUCUCAGACAUGCAGAAGGAACUGCAAGAGGUGGCUGUUAUAAGAACACACAUGGAAACUGAGCUGACAAACGUUAGAGAGCCCCCAACCUUGGAUGCAUCCACUUUGGUUUUCGAUGGAGUCCGUAAGACAGUCACAGCAGACCAGUUGCUUGACUGUGGUGUUUUGGACAAACCAACAUUUAGCCAGCUUGUAAAGGGGCAUAAGACUAUCCCUGGCGUGUCUGUCGACAAAAAAGUCAGUCUCAAAGGGACGGGCCCAAUAGCUGGUGUGGUAAUUGAAGGUCCAAAAGGUACAGGGUCUACUACUGUACCCCUGUACAAAAUGACUUUCACCGAAGCCAAGAAAGAGAAUCUGCUGCCCACUGAUAUCGUUGACCUGCUACUGGAUGCUCAGGCUGCCACAGGCCACAUAAUUGACCCCAGAACUAAUCAAAAGUUGACAGUUGAAGAGGCAUGUGCUCAAGAUGUGGUUGAUGAAGAGGACAGAGAGAGGUUGCUAGCAGCAGAAGCUGCAGCUGUAGGAUAUCGUGGUCCUGGCACAAGCCAACCCCUUUCAGUAUUUCAGGCCAUGAAGAAAGGACUAAUUAACAAAAUCACAACAUUGCGUUUAUUACAAGCCCAGGAGUCUGUGGGGGGCAUAUUAGAUCCUGUACUCAGUGUGUUCCUUCCCAAAGACACAGCCAUUGAGCGUAACCUAAUUAAUGAUGACAUAUGUCAUGCUCUGAAUCAGAGGCCUGAGCUCUACAAGGACCCAGAAAGUGAGGAUGGUGUAACCUAUAUGUCAAUGAAGAGGAGAUGUAAGGUAGAGGUAAACACAGGCCUUCUGCUUCUACCUAUCCCUGAGAAGGUAGAUGAUUCCAAACUUAUCUUUGAUGGUGUUCGGAAACCUGUCACAGCCAAGCAGCUGCUUGAUUGUGGUAUCCUGGACAAGCCAACAUUUAAAGAUCUAGAAAAGGGGAAGAAAACUGUCCCAGAAGUGUCUGUAGACAAAAAAGUCAGUCUCAAAGGGACGGGCCCAAUAGCUGGUGUGAUAAUUGAAGGACCAAAAGGUACAGGGUCUACUACUGUACCCCUGUACAAAAUGACUUUCACCGAAGCCAAGAAAGAGAAUCUGCUGCCCACUGAUAUCGUUGACCUGCUACUGGAUGCUCAGGCUGCCACAGGCCACAUAAUUGACCCCAGAACUAAUCAAAAGUUGACAGUUGAAGAGGCAUGUGCUCAAGAUGUGGUUGAUGAAGAGGACAGAGAGAGGUUGCUAGCAGCAGAAGCUGCAGCUGUAGGAUAUCGUGGUCCUGGCACAAGCCAACCCCUUUCAGUAUUUCAGGCCAUGAAGAAAGGACUAAUUAACAAAAUCACAACAUUGCGUUUAUUACAAGCCCAGGAGUCUGUGGGGGGCAUAUUAGAUCCUGUACUCAGUGUGUUCCUUCCCAAAGACACAGCCAUUGAGCGUAACCUAAUUAAUGAUGACAUAUGUCAUGCUCUGAAUCAGAGGCCUGAGCUCUACAAGGACCCAGAAAGUGAGGAUGGUGUAACCUAUAUGUCAAUGAAGAGGAGAUGUAAGGUAGAGGUAAACACAGGCCUUCUGCUUCUACCUAUCCCUGAGAAGGUAGAUGAUUCCAAACUUAUCUUUGAUGGUGUUCGGAAAUCUGUCACAGCCAAGCAGCUGCUUGAUUGUGGUAUCCUGGACAAGCCAACAUUUAAAGAUCUAGAAAAGGGGAAGAAAACUGUCCCAGAAGUGUCUGUAGACAAAAAUAUUAAUCUAAAAGGGACCGGGCCUAUUGCUGGGGUUGUAGCUGGGAGUCGAGGCAAAAUGUCUUUGUCAGAAGCAAAGAAACAAAUGCUCCUGUCUGAAGAUAGUGCAGAUUUGCUACUGGAAGCCCAAGCUGCCACAGGCCACAUCAUUGACCCUACAACUAAUCAGAAGCUAACUGUAGAGGAGGCAUGCGCCAGAGGGGUGGUUGACAUUAGAGAUAGAGACAGAUUAUUGGCAGCUGAAGCUGCUGCUGUGGGAUACAAGGAUUCUAGCGCAGCCAAGCCUCUCUCAGUGUUUGAGGCCAUGAAGAAGGGACUAAUUGACAGGAAGACCGGGCUACGUCUGCUGCAGGGCCAGGAGUCUGUGGGCGGCAUUCUAGAUCCCAAUCUCAGUGUGUUCCUCCCCAAAGACACAGCUAUCAAGCGCAACCUUUUGGAUGAAAACCUCCGUCAAGCUCUAAACCAGAGUCCUGAGUGUUACCGUGACCCAGAAACUGAUCUUGAAGCCAGCUAUGGAGCAUUGAAGAAAAGAUGCAUGACAGAGCCUCACACAGGUCUGCUACUUUUGGCAAUCACUGAGAAGCAAGACCCUUCCAAACUGAUUUUUAAUGGUGUUCGUAAACCAGUAACAGCACAACAGUUGCUUGAUUGUGGGGUCUUGGACAAACCAACAUUUAACCAACUAGUCAAGGGAGAGAAAACUGUCAAAGAGGUGUCUGUGGAUAAGAAGGUAUUUUUAAAGGGGACAGGACCAAUUGCUGGCGUAGCAGCUGGACCUUUAGGGAAAAUGUCUUUAUCAGAGGCCAAGAAACAGAUGCUCAUGCCCUCAGAUAGUGCAGAUUUGCUACUGGAUGCUCAGGCUGCCACAGGCCACAUCAUUGACCCCACAACCAAUCAAAAGUUGACAGUAGAGGAAGCAUGUGCCGGAAGAGUGGUGGACAAUAGGGAUCGAGAUAGACUCUUGAAAGCAGAAGCGGCUGCUGUAGGCUACUGGGAUCCUAGCACAGCUAAGCCUCUUUCAGUAUUUGAGGCAAUGAAGAAGGGAAUAAUUGACAGGAAGACUGGGCUACGUCUGCUGCAGGCCCAGGAGUCUGCUGGGGGAAUUCUAGAUCCCAAUCUCAGUGUGUUCCUUCCCAAAGACACAGCUAUAAAGCAUAACCUUCUGGAUGAGGACUUACGUCGGGCUCUAAACCAGAGUCCUGAGUGUUACUUAGACCCAGACACUGAGCGUGAUGCCAGCUAUGGGACUUUAAGGAAGAGAAGCAAAACUGAGUCUCACACAGGUCUGAUACUUCUGCCAAUUACAGAGCGGAAAGACCCUUCUAAACUGAUGUUUGAUGGAAUCCGUAAGCCAGUCUCAGCACAGCAGUUGUUUGAAUGCGGCGUCCUUGACAAGCCAACAUUUAAUCAGUUAGUGAAAGGGGAGAAAACUGUCCAAGCAGUGUCUGUGGAAAAGGUGGUCUAUUUAAAGGGAACCGGACCCAUUGCUGGGGUGCUGGCUGAACGUCAAGGGAAAAUGUCUUUGUCAGAAGCCAAAAAACAAAUGCUCCUGCAUGAAGAAAGUGCUGAUUUGCUACUGGAAGCCCAAGCUGCCACAGGCCACAUUAUUGACCCUAAAACUAAUCAGAAGCUAACCGUAGAGGAGGCAUGCGCCAGAGGGGUGGUGGACGUUAUGACUAUAGACAGAUUAUUGGCAGCUGAAGCUGCUGCUGUGGGAUACAAGGAUUCUAGCGCAGCCAAGCCUCUCUCAGUGUUUGAGGCCAUGAAGAAGGGACUAAUUGACAGGAAGACUGGGCUACGUCUGCUGCAGGCCCAGGAGUCUGCUGGGGGAAUUCUAGAUCCCAAUCUCAGUGUGUUCCUUCCCAAAGACACAGCUAUAAAGCAUAACCUUCUGGAUGAGGAUUUACGUCGGGCUCUAAACAAGAAUCCUGAGUGUUACUUAGACCCAGACACUGAGCGUGAUGCCAGCUAUGGGACUUUAAGGAAGAGAAGCAAAACUGAGUCUCACACAGGUCUGAUACUUCUGCCAAUUACAGAGCGGAAAGACCCUUCCAAACUGAUGUUUGAUGGAAUCCGUAAGCCAGUCUCAGCACAGCAGUUGUUUGAAUGCGGCGUCCUUGACAAGCUAACAUUUAAUCAGUUAGUGAAAGGGGAGAAAACUGUCCAAGCAGUGUCUGCGGAAAAGAUGGUCUAUCUACAGGGAACCGGACCCAUUGCUGGGGUGCUGGUCGAACGUCAAGGGAAAAUGUCUUUGUCAGAAGCCAAGAAACAAAUGCUCCUGCAUGAAGAUAGUGCCGAUUUGCUACUGGAAGCCCAAGCUGCCACAGGCCACAUAAUUGACCCUAAAACUAAUCAGAAGCUAACCGUAGAGGAGGCAUGCGCCAGAGGGGUGGUGGACAUUAUCACUAAAGACAGAUUAUUGGCAGCUGAAGCUGCUGCUGUGGGAUACAAGGAUUCUAGCGCAGCCAAGCCUCUCUCAGUGUUUGAGGCCAUGAAGAAGGGACUAAUUGACAGGAAGACUGCGAUACGCCUGCUGCAGGCCCAGGAGUCUGCAGGUGGUAUUAUAGAUCCGAAUCUUAGUGUGUUCCUCCCCAAAGAUACAGCUAUCAAGCGCAACAUUUUAGAUGAAAAUCUCCGUCAAGCUCUAAACCAGAGUCCUGAGUGUUACCGUGAUCCAGAAACUGAACGUGGUGUCAGCUAUGGAGCUUUGAAGGAAAGAUGCAAGAUAGAGCCUCAAGAAAGCCUACAACUUUUGCCAAUCUCUGAGAAGUUCGACCCCUCCAAACUACUCUUUCAUGGUGUCCGUAAGACCGUCACAGCACAACAGUUGCUUGAUUGUAGGAUCCUGGACAAACAAACAUUUAACCAACUAAUUAAUGGUGAGAAAAAUGUCCCUGAGGUGUCUGUGGAUAAGAUGGUCUUUCUGAAGGGGACAGGGUCAAUUGCUGGUGUUGCUGCUGGAUCUUUAAGGAAAAUGUCUUUCACAGAAGCCAAGAAACAGAAAAUGAUGUCCUCUGACACUACUGGCAUACUACUGCAGGCUCAGGCAGCCACUGGUCACAUAAUUGACCCUAUAACUAAUCAGAAACUGACUGUAAAGGAAGCCAUUGCCAGAGGAGUAGUGGAUAAGGAGGAUGAAUCAAAGUUGUUUGCAGCUGAAGCUGCUACUAUAGGUUAUAAAGACUCAAAUAGUGGCAAGCUCCUUUCAGCAGGCCAAGCCAUGAAGAAGGGAUUAAUUGACAAGGACACAGCUCUACGUAUACUUCAGGCUCAAGAGUCUGUAGGGGGUAUUUUUGACCCUGCCCUUAGUGUAUUCUUACCCAAAGAUAUUGCUAUGGAUAGGGAUCUCAUAGAUGAGGACCUUUACCAGGCCCUGAAUCAGUAUCCUAAGUGUUAUCUGGACCCAGACACCCAACAAGCAACUACCUAUGUAUCUCUGAAGAAACAAUGCAAGGCUGAUCCAAGCACAGGUCUUUUGCUUCUCCCUGAACCUAAAAAACCCUUAACUGUCCAGGGCCUCAGGAGCCAGGUCUCGGUCAUAGAUCUACUGGAUGCAAACCUAUUAGAUCGGUCGGAUAUGGACCAACUGAGAGAGGGCAGAUUGAAGGGCCAGGACAUUGAAUAUCGCCUGCGCUCCUACCUGAGAGGUUCCACCUGCAUAGCAGGAGUUUAUGAUGAGGCCAGUGAUAAGGUGAUGUCCAUCUAUCAGGCCAUGAAAGAUGGACUGUUGCAACCUAAGACCACUCUGGAACUGCUUGAGGCCCAGGCUGCAUCCGGUUUUAUAGUUGAUCCUGUCAACAACCAUUACCUGACUGUUAGUGAUGCCUGCAGUAAAAGACUAUUUGGGCCAGAGUUAAAGGACAACCUGAUAUCAGCAGAGAGGGCUGUGACUGGUUACAAACUGCCGGGUACAGACAAAGUUAUCUCCCUCUUUCAGGCCAUAGAGAGAGGUCUAGUGGAGAAGGAUCAUGGCAUUCGUCUACUAGAGGCCCAGAUUGCCAGCGGUGGUAUCAUUGAUCCUGAACACAGCCAUCGUAUUGAUGUUAACGUAGCCUACCAGAGAGGUUACUUUGAUAAAGAAAUGAACAAGAUCCUGACAGAUCAGAAUGUUGAUACUAAAGGUUUCUUUGAUCCCAACACAGAAGAAAACCUAACUUAUCUGGAGCUUAAGAAACGUUGUAUCACAGAUAAGAAGACAGGCCUCAUACUUUUGCCUAUCACAGAUCAGGCAGAGCUAGAGUCAACUCUGAAGAACACACUGAGAAAGAGGAGAGUGAUAAUUGUGGACCCAGAGACUAAUAAAGAGAUGACAGUACGUGAAGCUUAUGACAAAGGAUAUAUUGACCAUGCAACCUUCCUGGAGCUAUCCGAGCAGGAAUGUGAGUGGGAAGAGAUCACUAUCACUGCUCCAGAUGGUUCCGUACAGUUUUCUAUAGUUGACAGGAAAUCUGGAAGACAGUAUGAUAUUACUGAGCUGCUUGAAACGCGAGUAAUUGAUCGAAGAGAUCUAGAGAAUUACCAAUCGCGUACCAUCACUCUUACUCAGUUUGCAGAUAUCAUCAGCAACAAGACCAAACAUGGAUCAUCAAAAUUAUCGUCAUCAACUUCAAGAUCAUCAACAGCCCCAGUUACAUCUUUAGUGACAUCAUCAUCAACUUUAAAAACAUCAGUGCCAUCAUCUUCUUCCCCAUCAGUCCUGUCAAGACCCUCAUCACCUACUCUUGCCAAGAUGACCACAACAAGAACUACCACUGUCACAGAGCGAAGCGCCUCAACCAGCAGCGUAGCUCGAGACUCAUCUGACUCCCUUAGGAGUAUAUCCAGCGUAUCUGUCACCCUGGCCUCUCCUAUUGAAACAGUGGGUGAUCAAGAACCUGUGGGUGCCAUCUUUGACACAGACACUAUAGAGAAGAUAUCCAUUACAGAGGCUGCAAAUCGUGGUCUAGUGGAUUCCAUCACUGCCCAGAGACUGCUGGAGGCUCAGGCCUGCACUGGAGGAAUCAUUGAUCCCACAAAUGGCCGUAGGCUCAGCAUCCAAGAGGCGACCCGCCAAGGCAUAAUAAAUGACGUCAUGGCCCCUAAACUCAAGCCUGCCCAGAAAGCCUACUAUGGCUUUGAGGAUGUAAAAAACAAGAAAAAGAUGUCUGUUGCUCAAGCCAUGAAGGAGAUGUGGCUGCCAUAUGAGGCAGGACAGAGGUUCCUGGAGUUCCAGUUUGCAACAGGGGGUCUUUAUGACCCACAAAUGGGCUGCAGAAUAACCAUAGAAGAUGCUGUAAAAAGGGGCUGGCUGAAUGGGAGAGCAGGCCAGAAGCUCCAGGACGUCAGACACCACACAAAGAUCCUGACCUGCCCCAAGAGCAAACUUAAAAUAUCUUACAAGGAGGCUCUGGAUAAUUGUCUUGUGGAGGAAGGCAAUGGGUUGAAAAUGCUCCAGGCUUCAUCUGAGUCUUCCAGAGGGAUCAGCAGUCCUUACAAUGUCUCCUCUACUCCAGGAUCCACUACAGGCUCCAGGAGUGGCUCACGACGAAGCUCCCGCAGGAGCAGUAUGGAUCUAGGAUCCCCCACAUCCUCAUCAACUUAUUGCACCAGUCAUACCCUCACUACCCUCUCCUCCAGAUCCUCCAGAUAAAAGGAUAGGUCAUGCUCUUUUUUACAAAUGAAUCGGUGUGUUAAAAGUAUACUGAUUGUUAAAAAAAAAAGUGUUUUUGAAAGAUAAUGUCCUUGAAAUGUUCUUACACUUUUUCCAUAGUUUUAGUUUUUAGCUUUGUUGUUGCUAUGAUUUUAAAAUGCUAUCGUUCAAAUGAUCGUGAAAAUUAAUACUAUGAAGAUAUUUUUUGUGGAAAUUGACUAACGUAUUAGUGACAGCCAUCUUAUGAUGCAAUUGUUCGGUCCCCUAAAAUAUGCUUAGAAAUUAUUGCCAUAUUCUUGCAUACACAUAUUACAAAUAUAUUUUUAAAAACCAUAAUGGAAUGGAAUUUCUUUGUAAGCUUUGCAUUGGUAUCAUAAUGGUUUUAUAUUUACAUUAAUUUUUCAUCUGAAAUGCCUGUUUUGUGAGUGGAGGGAUGCAAGGGUUUUGUUACAUAGAUUGGUUUCACUGCAAUUCUUUUACUGAAUCAGUUGUUAAUCCUUGGUGUUUUGCUCUUUAGGGCUUCUGGUUUUAUAACCGCUUCUCAAUAUCUCAUAAUAAACAUUUGCGUUUUUUGCU